CAGAGGAGCGCAUAUAUGACCUGUGACUGACGUUGAUAUAAUACUGUUUCCUUAUUAGUUAUUCAUGUUUCCCCUCAAAUCCACUGUGAUGUAGCCUGUACGCGGUCAGUGACAGUUUUAUCUAAUAAAAUUACAUGAAGAAAUAAGGCAGUUAUACCUUUGAAAUAGACUGCAAGCCUGAAAACUGAAGAAGCGCAAUGCCACGGCGGAAGAGAAAUGCAGGCAGUAGCUCUGAUGGUACAGAGGAUUCAGACUUCUCUGCUGAGCACACAGACAGCUCUGAGAGUGAUGCCCACACAAUCAGGAAUACCCGCCUGACUCGCUCCUCACUGCGACUCAUCCGCAACUCACAAGAUUCAAGUCCUGUGGGGGAUGCUUCUGCCCCGGUUUCAGAAGAGGUGGUGAACUUUUCCACCCGACGUGUGACACGUAGUCAACAGCAGGGGGUGACAGUCUCGCCCAAGAAAUACCCCCUGCGGCAGAGUCGCUCUUCUGGCUCAGACAUGGAGCAGCAUGGGGAAAUCUCAGAGAGGGACAGUAAACAUGGGGUCGACCACGAUGAGUCCCCACCUAGAACGCCUACAGGCAAUGCUCAUUCCUCUGAGUCGGACAUUGACAUGUCCAGCCCAAAUGUGUCUCAUGAUGAGAGUUUGGCAAAGGAGUUGUCACUAAAAGAAUGUGGCCUCGCUCACCGUCCUAAACGCCGCCGUUUUCAUGAGAGCUACAACUUCAACAUGAAGUGUCCUACUCCGGGUUGUAACUCACUUGGACAUUUGACAGGGAAACAUGAAAGGCACUUUUCAAUAUCUGGAUGUCCGCUGUACCAUAACCUUUCAGCAGAUGAGUGUAAGGUGAAGGCAAGCUCUCGUGACAAAAAUGUGGAGGAAAGGACACUGUCACAACGACAGGAUGAGAACCGACAUUCUGCUCGGCAACAGGCCCAAUUAGAGCGACAGCUGCGGUAUAAGGAAAAGGUGACAGAAAUGAGGAGGAAGAGAAAUUCUGUUCCUCUUAAAGAGCAAAAAGAUAAGCACAUGGAGCACAGGCAGAUACAUGGCAGCAGUCGUGAGCCCCUGCUUGAGAACAUCACAAGUGACUAUGACCUGGAGCUCUUUAAAAAAGCCCAGGCACGUGCCUCGGAUGAUCUUGAAAAACUCAGGCUCCAGGGACAGGUCACAGAAGGGGGCAACAUGAUCAAGACCAUUGUGUUUGGUCGCUAUGAGCUGGAUACAUGGUACCACUCACCAUACCCUGAAGAGUAUGCUCGACUUGGCCGACUCUACAUGUGCGAGUUCUGCCUCAAAUACAUGAAGAGUCAGACCAUUCUGCGACGUCACAUGGCCAAAUGUGUGUGGAAACACCCACCAGGUGACGAGAUUUACAGAAAAGGGGAGAUAUCUGUUUUUGAAGUGGACGGCAAGAAGAACAAGAUUUAUUGCCAAAAUCUAUGUCUGUUGGCCAAGCUCUUCCUGGACCACAAAACAUUAUACUAUGACGUGGAGCCUUUCCUAUUUUAUGUGAUGACUGAAGCUGACAAUACUGGCUGUCACCUUGUUGGAUACUUCUCCAAGGAAAAGAAUUCAUUCCUGAACUACAAUGUCUCCUGCAUCCUGACCAUGCCACAGUAUAUGAGGCAGGGUUAUGGCAAGAUGCUGAUUGAUUUCAGUUAUUUACUGUCCAAAGUGGAAGAGAAGGUUGGCUCCCCUGAGCGCCCUCUCUCUGACCUGGGCCUCAUCAGCUACAGAAGCUACUGGAAAGAAGUUCUCCUGCGCUACCUACAUGACUUCCAGGGCAAAGAAAUCUCCAUUAAAGAAAUCAGUCAAGAAACAGCUGUCAAUCCUGUAGACAUUGUCAGCACUUUACAGUCUCUCCAAAUGCUGAAGUACUGGAAAGGGAAGCACUUGAUCUUAAAAAGACAGGAUCUAAUUGAUGAUUGGAAAACCAAAGAGGACAAACGUGGAAGCAACAAGACUAUUGACCCUGUGGCCUUGAAGUGGAGCCCACCCAAAGGAACUUAAGAAAAUUCAUCAGCAUGCUCUUCAGUCUUUGCUGUAGUUUAACAGGUCUUGGUCACUAUUAGAAUAGCUAAACGCAUAGAAUGCGUUUUCUUUUUUACAGUUAGUAAAUCUGCAAUCAUAGUUGAGUAAAUCUCUUUUCACAUAGUGCAGUUAGACUAUGUACAUUGCUUUACCUAUCUGAAACAUGGUUACCGUACAUGGCACGGGGCAUUCAAGAUCUUAUCACCUAAUUUAUCUACCAGUUUCACAAAUCACCAGUAACAGUGGUUGGUACUCAAACACCAUUUGUUUUUAAUGUUGUUUUUAGUUACUGUAAGAAACAAACUUAUCUACUGUAUCACUUCCUUUUAGAGAACUGUCUAUUUUACUGUUGAAUAUUUAUUUGAACAGACACAAUUUCAACACUAUAAGGAAAUUCUGGCUUUGUGAGGACACAUUAGUCAAUCAAUAUGAUAAUGUUCCUUGUCACAAGCAGCCAAAUGGCUUGAGUUCAGCAUUGAAGGGAUUCAUCAGAUUUUUGCCUCUUCUAAUUGGGUCCUUGUUUUUGUUUUUUUCUUCCCCUAAACCAGAUAUGUAUUUCCAGCCCUAGUUGACCUUAACUAAAGUCAUUUCACUAAAUACAAAGAAUAUUUUAUUCAUUAGCUCAAGUGUGACUAAAACUUGUAUUUUGGGACAUACACAUUGCAGUAAAUGUGAUAUAUUAUUAGCCCUUCAUCUAAGUAUUUCUUUUUAAGAAAGUAUAUAAUUAAAAAUACAAUUUAAGUGGCAGUUUCACUUAUUUUAUAGAAUACCUUGGCUUUAUUGCAGUUCACGUAGCCUACUGUGCUAUUUGUAUUGGAAUAGAUUUAUUCAGCUCUUAGGAAUUGUCAGGAUGCACUUGUAAACACCACAUAGUGUACAGCUGUCUAUAUUAUGAUAUGCCAGUAGCAUGUGUUGCACUUGCUUUUGUAUGCCUCUCCCCCAAAAUAAAUUGUGUCACUUGUUAUGUUAAUAAUGUAUAAAUUGUUGCGAGCAAUGGCAGUUUAUGAAAUCUCACUAUGAUGCACCUUGCUAUAGUAUAGAAUAAACAGACUCUUUUCAGUUUGUAGGGUUGCAACCAUGGAAAUAGAAAAAAAGCUUCAGUUUUUUGGUUUGCUGUGACCAAAGAAACAGCACAAGCUUACUUUUAUUACUGGGGUGGCAUAUAGAGUUUCCGUUUAUUUGCCAACUGCAGUAACCAUAGAAAUAUAGCAUAAAUGGGUACUGAAUAUUUGUGCACUGAAUAUUUUUCAACCAACAAGAAGUAGUUGUAGUUAAAGGUAUAGUUCACCCAAAAAUGAACACUCUCUUAUAACCCUCAUGUCAUCCCAGAUGUGUAUUACGUCCUUUCUUCAGCUGAACAAAAACAAAUAGUUUAGAAGUAUAUUUCAGCUCAGUAGGUCCUUUCAAUGCAAGUGAAUGGUGACAAGAAAUUUCAAGCUCCAAAAAACACAUAAAGGCAGCAUAAAAUUAAUCCAAGACUCCAGUGGUUUAACCUCAUGACACCCCACGUCCACAUGCGUGGACGUUGUAUUUUGGCUUCACUAUAUGUAACGCAUAAUUUAAAUCAACUGACUAAAUGCUGUUCACAAAAUUCUAGACUGUCAUUUAGAGGUAAACUUCUGGAGCGCUGAGUCACGUGACAUAAAAGCAUGCUGUUAAUUCUGAAACCUAAAGAGGAGAGUCUCUAGUUUUGUUUGAUAUGCCGCUUUAAAAAAAUCUGUUUAUUUUAACAUGAUGUACACAUAUUUGGAAAAUGGCACCGCAUUUCCACAAAAGUAGAAAAAACAUGUUAGUUUUUUUAAUUACUGUCAACUCUAACAUAUCUGUGGGUCAUUUCACUUUAUUUUAAUAUACAAUUUGUUAUAUUUUAUUUUGAUAUCACUGUGCAAUACGAUUCAAUACAUUAAACAUUCGUUAAUGCAUUCCUACAUAUU